AUGCAGCAACAAAAACCAGAUCCUAUUAUGCAAUUAUGGAAUUGUUAUUUAAAAGAAUACAUUCCAAUAAUUCCUGUAUUACAAGAAGAGAUACAUGAAUUUAUUUUUAGGCUAAAUAAAGAAUUAUUAAAAAAAGAUUAUAUUUCAUUAAAACAUGUAUUAAAUAAUUUUCAAGAAUUUCUUUAUUCUGGAAUAGGUCUUACUGAUGAAGAAAUAAGAGAAUUAGUAAAAUUUUGUUUCAAUGGUAUCAGUGAUAAAUAUUAUUAUAAUAAACAACAAAAAGCUAUUUCACUAGUUAUUGAAUUGGUUUUAUCAUCAGCUAAAGUAAAAGGGAUGUUUGGUGUUUCUGACACAGAAUUAUCAUCAUUUACAUGUUCUAAUGAUGCAGAUCAAAUAUUUGGAAGAAUCCAUUUUCGAGACCAUUCUGAAGAUACGUUUAAAGGAUUAGAACUAGAUUAUCGCCAUGCAUUUAAAAAAGUUAAUAAUAAUUCUACUGAAAUAGCAUUCAAUUCUGGAUUUCUUGUGUUACAUUUUAAGAAUUUCUUUAAAGAAGAAGAUGCACAAGAAAUUAUGGAUAGAGUUAAUUUAUUUUCAGGUGUUACUAAUGGAUUAAAGAAAUCAUUUCUUGUUAAUACAUUCAUGCCUAGUAAGGCACAACACUUAUAUCUAAGAGAAUUAAUGGAUCAAUGGGAAAGUAUUUAUACAAGUGAUGCAAUGGAUUAUUUUAUGAUGGUAAUGUUAACUGAUGUAUUAACAAAUCAAAAGGAUGUUAAUAUAAAUGAAAAUGAUAUAGAAUUUAUAUUUAAUAGAAUAAAUCAUGAUUUGUUUUAUGAGUUUAAUGGAGGGGAUGGUAUUUUAGAUGGUGUAGAUAAUCCAUUUAAAGGUCUUAUUGUUGUUAAACCAGAUGAUGAUGAUUUUCUUACAGUAGCUUCAUUACUUAUUAUUUCUUUAAUUGAACAUGAAGAAGUUCAUAACAAUGAAAUAUCUCCAGUAUUGUUAAAACUUCGUAUAUUUUUUGAAUCAGUUCAUAGAACAAUAGCCGGAGAUAAUGAUGGAUUAUAUACAGUCUUUGUAUUUCUUAAAGGAUUGGUAGUUUAUUUCUUACAUGAAGGAUUAUUAAAUCAAUUAAAUAAAGAGUCUAUUCAACACUUUGUUGAUACUAUUUUUAAAACAAUGAAACCAAUGUUUUUUAGUGAACAAUUACCACAAGAAUGUAAAGAUAUUAUUCGUUGGUUAAUGCGUGUUGAUGGAAAAAGAGUAUGUAAAUUAGUUAUAGAAGAAUAUAGUCAGUUAAUAAAUUGUAAGCCUGAUGACCAUCAUUUACAAACAUUUCUUGUAGUUGUAUCAUUAUUUAUUGAAAUAUUACCACAACUUAUUGAAGAUAAUGAUCAAGUAGCUGUUGAUAUUGUAAAUUUAGUAUUUCAAUUACAUAGAUAUAAUUCAACAAUUCCUGAUGUUAAUUCUAUUGUUGUAGAUCUUAUUAUCACAUUAUCAAAACAAUUUUAUUUAGUUGAUAGUCCACCAUAUACUGUAGCUAAUGACUCCAUACAACGAAGCAUUUUUUUUAUUCUUCCUGAUUUAUUAGUUGAAUAUUUUGCAUCAUUAAUAUCAUUAAUGAAAGAUGUAAGUAAUCUUGAUGUGUUUCCAUUUACAAAUGAAUAUUAUAAUGCACUUGAAACAUUACUUCAUUUUGAAAGUGAGCAUAGAAAAGUUAUUGAAGAAAGAAUAUUAUUAUAUUUAAAUGAUACUACAACGCUUUUAGAUUGUAUGAAUGUAAUUAUUGGUAUUCUUGUAUAUUAUUCUAAUUCUUUUGUAAAUAAAUUAAUGAGUUUAGUAUUAUCAAAGAUGUGUCUUCAAAAUGGGGAUCAAUAUUCAAUACUUAAUUUAAGUGAAAAUGAAUUAGAGUAUUGUUUAAGUUUAUUAUAUUCAACAUUAAGUAUUAGAUGUAAUUUUAAAAAAUAUCAGAAACAAUUAUUUAUUAUUUUGGAUCAUUUUAAUGUACAUCCUAAAGAAAAAAUUAGAGAACAAAGUAUUGAUUGUUGUAAAAAAAUUUGUGCAAUUGGUGGAAUUACUUUUUCUCUUCCUUUGUUUAAACCAACAUAUCCAAUGAGGUUUGAAAAUUAUUAUGAGAUGACUCCAAAUGCUCAUGAAGAUCCUCAAAUUAUUAUUGAUAAAGAAUUUUUUCAACAAGUAUAUGAUAAAUAUAUUUAUACUUAUUUUAAUAAAUUAAAAGAAAUAUGUUUAUUUAAUGCAAGUGAAUUAAAAAAUAAAAGAAAUGAAUUUUAUUCUAUUGUAGAUGUUUUAGAAUGUUUUAUUGAAGGUGCUAGUAUUCUUUAUGACAUUAGAGAACAUAAUGUUCAAUUACCUAAUAAAUAUGAAUGUAUAAGAAAACAGUUAGAAUCACAGUAUGAAAGAAGAAUUCAAUGGGAAGAUAUUGGAAGAAUUAUUAUAACAGGAGCACAACGUAUUAGGGAAUGUUUUGAAGAUGAUAAUAAGAUAAUUGAGAAAUACCUUAAGAUUAUUAGAAUCUACAUUAAAAAACAAAGUUCUUCAUAUGAACCAAGUUGUAUUUCAUUCUUAAUUCAUCCCUCAAGAAGGUCGUUUGAAACUAAAUUCCCACCAAUUAUAUAUUAUGAACAAGCGACAACAUUAUUAUUCCAAUUACAAGGACAUAUCUAUGAUUCUUUAAUAAGUCCUUUGGAUAUUGAUGUAUUUAUUGAAGAAGAAUUACUUGCGAUUUGUAUUUCUGAUCCAGAAUUUCAUAAUUAUGCCAAUCAAUCUAAUUUCUUUAAAGAAGAAAAUGCCAAAUAUAUUGUUCAACAAUUAGUUUCUCAUUUACCUACUGUUAUUACUGAUCAAAAUGUAAAACCAUAUAUCUUUGGUUUAAAAUUAAUAUCAACUUAUGUAGGUCAUUUACCAAUGAAUGAUUUUCCAAUCUUCUUUGAUAUUUUUAAACAUUUUAUUACAAUACAUUUUAAGGAUCCUUCUGUAUUUAGUAAUACUCCUCUAACAACAUUAUUUUCACAAUUCCAAUUAGUCGCAGAAUCAAGUCCUGUUUUUCAAUUAAAAGAAAUUCCAGAAGAAUUUUUAACAUUAUUAUAUCAAGGAAGUGAAAUUCAUCCAUUAACUCAUUUGUUUUUACAAAAAUUUAUCAGUGCAUAUUUAUUAACACAUAAUAAACUUCCUAACUCAUUUGUUGAAUAUUGUUUAAAACAAUUAGUGGCACAAGCACCAUUACCAAAGAGAUAUGGACUAUUGUUAAGGAAUUAUAUUAGACAUUUUGGAGAUCAUGGGAAUGUUGUUAUAGUGGUUAGAGGUAAUGAAGAUUCUCCAGAAAACAUCAAAAAAUAUGAAAAGUAUAGUAAAAUGCUUAGACAUCAUGUUCAUGUAAUAACUGAAAAUGAAAUAUUAAAUGGAAAAAUUGAAGAUUCACAAGGACAUUUUGUAUUAAAUUAUACUACUAAAUAUCAAAAUGUAGCUGCUUUUCUUGUAGAUUCAGUCCAUUACAAAUUCCCUGACGAACAAAAAGAAUUAUUAAAACAAUUUUUCUUUGAUCGUAAAUUAUUAAAGAAAUAUAUUGAAAAUCUUUCAAUGAUUACUGCAGAAGAUAUUGUUUCUGAUGAAGAUGAAGAUGAAGGAAAAUAUAUUAGUUUAAAUGAUUAUGUAUUAAUGUUGAGAUUUAUUCAAAUACUUGGAAAAGAAGCAUUUGAAGUUUUAAUUGAUAUUGCAAAUGAAAAACUUAGAAGAAAAACUAAAGAAGAUUAUAGAUGUGCUAUUGUCUUAUUCCAAUUGUGUGUUGAAGGGUUACAAUCAUUGAAUGUUAAUGAAAUUGAACCAUUAAAAAAAGAAUUGGUUACAAUGUUUGAAGAUGUAUUAAAUCAACAAUAUGAGGAUGUUUAUGCAUAUGCUAAUCGAUUACAUGCUUUAUUUUCUGGUAGAUCAGAUCCAAGAAUUACUAAAGAAUUUAUUCAAGUUGCAUCUAAAAAACAAAGUAUUUUAGCUGAAAUGUUUUUAUUAAAUAUUAGUCGUAUUCGAUUAGAUAUUAUGUCAUUUGCUAUGAAAAGAUUUGAGGAAAUUGUAAAAAAUCCAACAGAACAAAUUAGUGAAUGUGCAAUUACAUUUGCUUCAAAAUCAGUUAUUAAUCAAAUGUUAUAUCCACAACAAAUGAUUGGAUUUUUAGAUUAUAUAACACGAACUGUACAAGAAUUACCUAUUAAUAAUGAGGACGUUAGAACUGAUGAAAUUGCACUUCCAUCAUCUUAUAAAAUUGUGUCAAAAGUAUUAUUCCCAAAUUGUGAUCAAUCUUUUAUUAUUAAUAAUCAAUAUUUACCAAUUCUCUUUAAUAUUUAUGAUAAAUUAUUAACAUAUGCACAAACUACUCAUGGAGUAAUGAAUGAUGUCGUAGAAACAUUAGAAAAUUACUCUUCAAUCUUUUUAAAUAAAUGUGCAUUUGAAUUAUAUUUAAAUAAGUUAUAUGAAUUAAUGAAGAAAUAUUCUAACGCUGUGAAUCAAUUUUCAAUUUUAUCUAGAAACUUCACAGUAACAAUUUGUGUCCACGAAUUCCAAAUUACAAAAAAUCAUAUUGAUAGGAUGUUGAAUUUUGUAUUUGAAUUAUUACAGUCAAACCAAACUCAAAUAAGAUUAAUUACAUCUGAUGUAUUAUUUACUAUUAUUGAUAUUUUCCAUCCUAUUGAAAAUGUGUGUAAUAGAAUUGAACAAUUAAGAACUAAUGCAAUUAAAAAAGAUUCUAAUGAGUCUCAACAACAUUCUUAUAUUCUUGCUGUGCUAUCGUUAAUUUCAACUUAUAAAACUGAAAUUCCUAAAUUCCUUGUGAAAGUUCUUGUUGAUUUUGCUUCAACUACAUUUACUAUUAAGUCUUGUAUCACCUCAAAGAAAAAUGCAUUAUUAGAAUUUUGGGAAAGUCAUAAAGAUAUGUGGGAUGUUUAUUAUGCUCCAUUAUUUACUUAUGAUGAACGAAUAUUAUUGAAAGAAGGAAAUACUCCUCAAUACAUUGUUUAA